UGGAGAAUGAUGGAUUUCCCCUGGCAGCGACCCAAGAAGAAAUUCGGCAAUUUGAUGAACAACUUGUCACCGGAAAACGCCGAAACUUGAAGAAGAAGUCAUGGUCGUUCAGUGAGGUGAUCGCGCAGCGGAACAUUCGCUUUCCUGUUCUCUUUGAGGAUAUAAACAUCUGCAGAUUGUCUACUGAUCGUUCACAAGUUAUUUGCUUUGCUUGCCAGGAAGACAACACUGGUCACCUCAACUCUGAUGCCUAUGAACUUCCAGAAAUUGAUUGUGAUGUGUCACAUACAUCAGUUUUUGGAUGCUCAAAAUGGUUACAUGUUGAUCCUGUUGUAAGACUUCCAGAUCCACCCAUUUCUGAACAUCGUAUACGUGAAAUAGAAGAAUUAAAUGAAUUGUAUGAACUAGCUGAUGACACACAAUUGAAUUCCCAGGUAAUAGUUUAUGGGUCACACAUUUUAAGCCUAAAUUCACUUGUUCUUCCAGAUUAUUUAACACAACAGUCUGAAGCAGUAUUACCAUCUGUUCAACCUCAAAAUGACUCUAUAUUCAGAGGCAGGAAACUACGUAGAUCAAAGAGUGAUCGCUCCAACUUGGGAAUCACCUCAGUUAAAGAUCUUCAAAAGCCAUCACUAAAUCUUCAGGCAGAGGAAAGCAACUUGUGGCGGAAGAACUAUUAUAGCAUUGUUAAAGAUAGCACCUUUCCAGAAGCAGUUAUGGCUAAGGGGUAUGUCAGAGCUCUUGCUGAACAGAUAAACCAGCAGGGAACUUUAAAAGUAAUGAAAGAUGAGGACAUUGAAGAAGAAGACAGCAACAGUGAAGUAUCACAAUCUGCAAGUUCUGUUAUAUGUGCCAGAAAUGAUGAGGUACAGGUAAAUCUUGUACACAAGCUAAUCAAAGCAGCAGAAGAACAGAAGUUUAAAGAAGACAGAUCUUUGAGAAAGUUUAAUGCUCUAGCACAUGAUGAUACUGAUUUAAACAAUCACUCGGAACCUGAUUGGACAGGGCUAACGAACAGACAUUUAGUGUCUGAAUUCCGUCUAAAAGCAGAAAGUGUACAUUCCUUACAUAUUUCAGCUGAAGAGAAAACACCCUCAAGUAAAACUGGUGAAGCAAGGGACAAUUUAACUCUUUCUAUAACAUCAUCUGAUUCACAACUCCAUGCAGCUGAGGAAACAAAAUCUCAUUAUUCAUUGCCAUGCUCACCUUUCAGAACAUCACCAAUGGGAUAUGCUUCUUUAUCUCCAUCUGCAAUAAAACCCAAGCAGUCAACAUACUCUACAAAAUCUGCUGCAAAGUAUGCUUCAAAGCCAAAGGUUCCUCCAAAGCCAAAUGUUCCAGCAUUGAAAGGAAGGACUUCAGCACUACCAUCUGAUUCAGUAUUGUCUCCACAGUCACCUUGCAAGGCAACUCCACACACUUGUUCGCCUGAAGCAUCCCCAGUAUCAGCAUCUUCACAAAAUCCACAAACAUCUGAAGCACUAGUUGUACAGUUGUCCUCACUGACUUCACCACUGUCACCAAUAUCUUCAUCCAGAAUCCAUUCAGAAUCCACUACCCAAUCACCAGGACCUCCCCCUAAAACACCUAUCCCACCAAAACAUUCACCUAAAUCACCAACUGUAUGCUCAGUUACAUCCAUAUCAGUUUCCUCAUCAAAACAAAGUACAUUAUCAACAUCCAUAACACCCAAACAUCCACAGAAAUCACCCCCUCCAUCACCUAAUCUAACCAUCAUACCCUCACUGAUAACUGCUGUAGCAUCUGCAUUCUUUGCGCAGCCAUCAAACUCUGUUGCUCCCCACUCACCCAGGCCCACAUUUCCACCGCCCAGAACACCUUUGUCACCCAAUUUGUUAAAGGAAGCCACUGCUGCUUCGACCCACCACAAGGAAACAGUUGAGCAGUGGUUACAUUCAACACAUAGUUCCUCGACAACAGACACCAACAGCGAUGAUGUUUUGAUCAGGACUGUGUCAAAACGCAGCAGCGAACAAUAUAGAGACUCUGUCUUCAGUAUGAUUUACGACAACCCAGCCUCAUUAACUGCAGCAGAGCUGUUCGAUUCCAGCUGGUCAGAUUCUGAUAGCUGUGACGACACUGAUGACAGUGAUGAUGGUGGUGGCGGUGAGGUUACAGGCAGAAGGAAAGCACACAGAUCAGGCUGUUAUGUUCUGGAGCAAGUUGACACAAAGAUCAACAGUCAGUCUGAAGUUAAUCUCAAAGACAAGAGGUUUCAUAUUGCUCAAGAAUUGUUGCAGACUGAGAAGGAUUAUGUUGCAGUUCUUCAUCUGCUGCACCAUGUAUUCUAUGAACGCUUAGAUAGUGAGAAUCACCAACAGUCUUUCCUGCCUGCAGAUGCUCUCAAGCACAUGUUUUCCAACACAAAGAGCAUUUAUCUUUUCCAUAAUGAUUUUCUGUUGCCCCAGCUUGAAAACAGGAUGAAGAAUUGGGAACACGACCCUCGCAUCGGGGAUCUGAUGAAGAAGAAUGCACCUUUCUUGAAGAUGUACACAGAAUAUGUACGCAAUUUUGAUAGGGCAAUGAAACUGAUCAAUCAGUGGAUGGAGAAGUCAACCAAGUUCUCAGAAAUUAUUCAAGACAUUCAGAAACUACCAGAGUGUCGGAAUUUGUCCUUGCAGCAUCACAUGUUGGGUCCUAUUCAGAGGGUUCCACGUUAUGAACUUCUCUUGAAAGACUAUGUGAGACAUUUACCUGAGGAUUCCCCUGACAUGAAUGAUGCCAAAGAUGCCCUGGAUCUGGUGACUAAAGCUGCCUGUCACUCCAACGAAGCAAUGAACAAAAUCGAAACAUUCCAAAAGUUGUUGGACAUAUACCAGAGUCUGCGGGGUGUUCCUGUAGACUUUAUCUCUCCAGCUAGGGAGUUUGUCACUCAAGGACCAGUCACCAAAAUUGCAGCUCGAAGUGGAGAGAAACAGCUUAGACAUCUCUUUCUGUUUAAUGAUCUGGUUCUGGUGUGCAUCCAGUACAACUUGCUUGGCACUUACAGUGUUCGUUCUCAGCUGGAGCUGGAUGGCAUGGAGAUUAAGCCAGGCACCAGUAUGCACAUUCCAAAUACCUUCCUGGUACACAGCAAACAGAAGGUGGUAGAACUGCUAGAUGA